GAUUCGACGCAGUGGCCAGCAGCGCAAAACCAGGGCAUCGCGGCCGCUUUCGAGUAAGUUCGGAGCACAAAACAUCAACCGCUUUAACCGACCGGAAUGUUCCCUGGUUCUUGAUCCAACGGGAGGCGCGCUUGACAAUGCAUAUAAAUACGGGCGAACAUGACUGAAUUGUCCAAUCACAAACAACGACUCACCUACUCCGCCCAACACUUAAGCUGUUGGUUUCAGUUGACAUGAUGAUGCAGCGGAAGUCUCUGCUCCUUGCCGUCGCGGCUCUGGCCGCGCUGGCUGUGUGCGCGUCGGCCGGCUACACGCGCCCGCCGCCUCCUCGUCGUUCGCCGCCGCGCAUGGCUGCGGGCCCUCAGGUUUAUGGUCCCCCGAUGACCAAUGCUUGGCUCAAGAUGCCCGCGAACGGCCGCUUCCGCAUCCUGCAGGUCGCCGACGUGCACUACCAGAACGGCGCCAGCACCGGCUGCCAGGACAUCCUGCCCGAGCAGAACCCCUGCAGCGAUGUCAACUCCACCGCCCUGCUGACCGCCAUGAUUAAGAAGGAGCAGCCCAACCUGGUCGUGUUCACGGGUGACAACGUGUGGUACCCCGGCAACACCGACAUCGUGGCUGCCCAGGCCGCGCUGACCAAGCCCCUGAACGACGCCGGCGUCCCCUACAUGCUGACCUUCGGCAACCACGACUGCGAGUCUGAGGACUGCCGCUCCCAGUUGAUUGAUGCCGACAUGAAGCAGCCCUACUCGCUCACCGUGGCCGGCCCCAAGGAGCUGCACGGCAAGGGCAACUACGCCUACACCGUGACCGGCACUGACGGCAAGCCCGCCUUCGCCGUCUACGUGAUGGAUGGUGGUGCCUACCUGUCUGAGUUCCCCGGCAGCUACGACUUCAUCCACCCCGACCAGGUCCAGUGGUACAACGAGACCUCGAUGGCGCUGGAGAAGGCCGCCGGCCGCAAGGUGCCGGGCGUUGCCUUCACCCACAUCCCCAUGCCCGAGUACGACAGCGCCUUCAUCUGCAACCUGCCUGCCAACACCACCGGCAUCUCCAUCGGCACGGUGAACGACUUCGGCGCCAAGUCCAAGAGCGGCAUGGGCAAGGCGCUCGCCAACAACUGCACCUCUGGCACCACCUUCGGUGUGUUCCAGGAGGGUGUCUACAGCGCCAACGUGAACGGUGGCCUGUUCAGUGCCAUGGCCAUGCGCGGCGACAUCAAGAUGGUCAACGUGGGCCACGACCACGUCAACGACUUCUGCACCCCCUUCUACGGCAUCCAGCUGUGCUACGGCGGCGGCUUCGGCUACCACGCCUAUGGCAAGGCCGGCUGGCCCCGCCGCGCCCGCACCAUCGACCUGUACCAGAACGGCACCGUCCACACCUACAAGACCCUGGACUCCUGGGGCGCCUACGCCGAGAUUGACCACCAGAGCUUCUAAGCUAUCACAUCGGACUAAUGCUGCUGUCCAUCUGGGCACCAGCAGUUGCCCUCUGUGGAGGAGCGUACAUAGCUGGGGGAUCAACACUCGGGACAGGCUCUCAUUCAGUUUUUGACGUACAUAUGGCCUUUGCCCGCGUGAUUUGUGAAUAAGGAAUGCGACCAAGCCUGAUGGCAUGUCGCAGAGGGGCAGUCGCGCCACCGCGUGAGCGUACAUAGUAUAGAUUGCAUGAGCAGGGGGGUGCGUGACAGGGCGCGCCGAUGCAUGUGCACGUAUGAACGGAAGGAACAGGGCAAGAGGCCUGAGGCCAACAGUAUACGGUAUGCAAGCUAUGAUGCGUGAAGACAGGAAGUGCAAGAGGGCUGCCCAGAGGUUUUGUGCCUACGCCAUGCUGAGGUCAUGGAAAGCCUACCGGAUUUCACCACAUCUGGGCCCAGCGUUGUAACACACCUCGCUG